CAGAUCUUGAAUCCGCUAUGCAUGCCCAACAUUCCGAGUGAUGAAUCCGCGAAAGAUCCUGUUUUAUUCAACCAACCCCAACAACACUCUUCCAGGCUCUCUCUCUCUCUCUCUCUCUCUCUCUCUCUCAAACAGAACUCUGGAAGCAAACCAGAACUUGAUCAAUUUCAACUAACAAAACAUCAUGAAACCACCAAGAACACCAGUUUUAAUUCCCCACCACUUCUUCAAAUCAGCCUCGGUUAUCACUCUCUUCCCCCCAAAAUCCGACCUCAACUUAUCACUUCACACAUUUGUUCCUUACUUUCUCAUUCUUGAUUCACCCCCAACACAAACCCCAUCAAAACUGAGCCCCCAAAACCAUGGAUCUUUCAAUACCCACUUCUCCAAUUCAACAUUUUCUGAUCUAUCAAUAAACCCUUCUUCAAAUCCCCAAAACAAUGACUUUGGCAACACCCACUUGAAAACCCACUUCAAAUCUCCAAAUCACCAUUCCAAUGAACCCAAUAAUCCCUACUUGCUUGGUUUAUCUAAGAAAUCAAAACCCAUCAUCAAAAACUCCUUAUAUGACCCAAAAUCACUCAAUUUCACUCAAACAAGGUUGUUUUCAUGUAAGCCAUCAGACCCAUUGGACUCCAUGGAACCUAACUCCACUGUUUCUAUUCCAAUUUCGGUUGUUUCGACCGGGAAUUCACCAAUUGAAAGCUCUCCACCGAUCGAUGCAGGCUCUUCAAUUCGAAAGCCAAUUAGUUUGUGGCCUGGAAUGUACCAUUCACCUGUGACAAAUGCUUUGUGGGAAGCAAGGUCAAGCAUUUUCGAAAGACUGUCCAAUGUUCCAGAGGAUGCUCCACAGAGUGAAUUGAUCACGAAGACUCCAUCGCAGAGUAGGACUAGUGUUGUCUACAAAUUCUCAAGUGAUUAUAUACUUAGAGAGCAGUAUAGGAACCCUUGGAAUGAGAUCAGGAUGGGGAAAUUAAUUGAAGACCUUGAUGCUCUUGCUGGAACCAUAUCAUAUAAGCACUGUUGUAACAAUGAGGGCACAACAAGGCCCGUACUAUUAGUCACUGCUUCUGUGGACAAGAUGGUUCUCAAGAAGCCAAUCCGUGUUGAUAUCGAUCUAAAAAUAGCUGGUGCCGUUACCUGGGUUGGGAGGUCUUCUAUGGAAAUCCAACUAGAAGUGACUCAGUCUAGGGAAGAAAAAUCUAAUCCUUUAGACUCGGUAGCUCUUAUAGCAAACUUCACAUUUGUUGCUCGUGACUCAAAGACUGGAAAAUCAGCACUCAUUAACCAAAUAUUACCUGAAACUGAACAAGAAAAAAAGCUCUGGGAAGAAGCAGAAGAGAGGAACAAAAUGAGAAAACAAAAAAGAGGACAACAUAAAAAGGAGAUCGAUGAUGGUGAAGAAGAGAGGCUGAAAGAGUUAAUGGCCGAAGGGCGGGUAUUCUGUGACAUGCCGGCUUUGGCAGACAGAGAUAGCAUUCUCAUAAGGGAUACUUGCCAUCAGAACUCUUUGAUUUGCCAGCCACAGCAAAGAAACAUCCAUGGUCGCAUUUUUGGUGGAUUUUUAAUGCGGAGAGCAUUUGAACUGGGUUUUGCAACAGCUUAUGCUUUCGCUGGCAGUGCACCGUGCUUCCUAGAAGUUGAUCAUGUGGAUUUCCUAAGACCAGUGGAUGUUGGAAAUUUCCUUCGUUUCAAGUCUUGUGUUUUGUACACAGAACUUCAGAACCCAGCUCAACCUCUUAUAAAUGUGGAAGUUGUAGCGCAUGUUACACGGCCUGAAUACAGGUCCAGUGAGGUGUCAAACAAGUUCUAUUUCACGUUCUCUAUUCGUAAAGAGGCUGUGAAAUAUGGAUUGAGGAUUCGAAAUGUUGUUCCUGCUACAGAGGAGGAAGCAAGGCGGGUCAUUGAACGAAUGGAUGCCGAGGGUUUGUUGUAGUUUGCUAAUCCAUGAAUGUUUUUGUCUUCCAGUUAAGGAAAAUAUGAGCACGAAAUAAGUUCAAGCCCCUGGUUUGAAACAACUCAGAGCAGAAUAUUUUGUAAAUAUAGAUUGGAAACUUAUUCCUUAUGAUGUUGGUUAUUGAUUUUUGAAAUUAAAUGCAAUUUACAUAACUCUAUUUUCAUCUUGA